AACUUUGACAGAGUGUUAUGACUGAGGAUUUCAAGAAGUUGAGGAGCAGCACUUGUAUUGUUUAAGGACAAACAUCAGGUGUCAAUGUCUCCGUCUCUGGCCAGAUCUGCUCCGAGCGAGCUCAACCAUUGGUGGAGCCAGCUGAGGUUUCGUCUUCAAAACAAGAAAGGAUGGAACGAGAUGUUGGAUGAGACGUUUCUGCUCCACACAAAAUACAUAAAUGACAUUCCUCUCUUCUAUGAGGCUAAAAUGAACAGUGUCGGCUCCAUCAAGAAACUGCUGAGUUGUGCGUCCACUAAUAUCUUUGAGAGAGGGGCUCUUGGUGAGACGGCGCUUCAUGUUGCUGUGAUGGCUGAUAACCUGGAAGCUGCCAUGGCUCUGAUGGACGGAGCUCCUGAACUCAUCAACGAGCCUAUGACAUCCGAGCUCUUCCAAGGUGUUACUCCUCUCCACAUCGCUGUGGUGAAUCAGAACAUCAAUCUGGUUCAUCAUUUGAUCAGUCGUGGGGGUGACGUGGCUACACCUCGAGUCACCGGUCUGUACUUCCGGAAGAGGAUAGGAGGACUCAUAUACUAUGGUGAGCACAUCCUGUCUUUUGCUGCGUGUGCUGGGAACGAGGACAUUAUCUCCAUGGUGAUCGACGCAGGGGCCAGCACCAGAGGCCAGGAUUACCGUGGCAACACAGCGCUUCACAUUUUGGUUCUGCAGCCCAACAAGACGAUUGCGUGCCAGGCCAUUGACCUGAUUAUGGCACGCGAUGCAGAGCUGGACCAGUCCGUGCCACUCGACAUGGUGCCCAACAACCGAGGCCUUACACCUUUUAAACUGGCUGCCAAAGAGGGAAACAUUGUGGCAUUUCAGCACCUGGUUAAUAAAAGGCGUGUAGUCCAAUGGAGUCUGGGCCCCUUGACCUCUAACCUGUAUGACCUGACGGAGAUAGAUUCAUGGGCCGACGACAUGUCAGUGCUGGAGCUCAUCGUGGGCGGUCACAAGAGAGAGGCAAGAAGGAUACUGGAGUUGACUCCUGUGAGGCAGCUGGUCAGUCUGAAGUGGAACCUGUAUGGAAAACAUUACUUCAGGCUGCUGCUGUUACUGUAUCUCCUGUACAUCGGGACCUUCACACUGUGUUGUGUAUUUCGCCCUCUGAAGGACGCUCCGGAGAACUACACACAGUCAGAAAUGGACAAAACCAUCCGGGUCCAGAAAACAUUUCAUGAGAGUUAUGUGACACAUGAGGACAACCUGCGGCUGGUGGGUGAGAUCAUCAGCAUCCUGGGAGCUUUUGUCAUCCUGUUGCUAGAGAUCCCUGACAUACUGAGAGUGGGGGCAAAGCGCUAUUUUGGCCAGACAGCACUGGGAGGCCCCUUCCAUGUUAUCCUUAUCACCUACGCGUGCCUGGUGGUACUGCUGUGUGUGUUCAGAGCCUGCGAGGUGCAGGGAGAGGCUGUGGUGAUGGCAGUGUGUUUAGUUCUUGGGUGGAGCAAUGUCAUGUUCUUCGCCCGAGGUUUUGAAAUGCUCGGCCCUUAUGUCAUCAUGAUACAGAAGAUUAUAUUUGGAGACCUGACCAAGUUCAUGUGGCUGAGUUUCAUUGUGCUCAUUGGUUUUUCCACCUCCCUGUGGGUGGUGUAUAUGACCCAGGAGCCUGAGUCCAUUCCUGCAUAUCGCUCCUUUCCCAUCACCCUCUUCUCCCAGUUUGAGCUCAGCGUGGGCCUCAUAGAUCUGCCUGUCGACCAAACCAUCACCACCCACCCGAUCGUCUACGUGCUGCACUGCACCUUCUCUGUCGUCUCCUACAUCCUUCUUCUAAAUCUACUGAUAGCCAUGAUGAGUGACACACACUGGAGGGUGGCCCAGGAGAGAGAUGAGCUCUGGAGGACUCAGGUGGUAGCCACAACGCUGAUGCUGGAGAGGAGGCUGCCCCGCUACCUGUUGCCUCGGCUCGGGGUGUGUGGGCUCAAAUACGGUCUGAGGGAGCGCUGGUAUCUCAGGGUUGAGGACAGAAACGACCCAAUGUUGCAAAAGAUGCGGCGUUACGCCAAGGUUUUCUCUAAAGACGAGGAAAAGGAAAAGGAGGGAUUGGAGAAGUCUGACACGAUAAAGGGGUCCAUCUCAGGAACCCCCAAGCUCCGACCUAAAAACAAUGCAAGGUCUCUGACAGGGUGGCAGAUGAUUCGCCACAGCGCUUUGGGUUUGGAGAUGGAGCAGGAAGAGCCAGAGGAGGACCAGGACAUUAAAUAUGUUUAGGAAGAGAUUCUGCCUGAGCCUGAAGAGCAUUCUCUGAGCCCUUCCUUCAUCUUACAGUCCUGAACAUAUAAAGUACACAAAGUGUUUAUGAACAUACUUGCAAGACGAGGACUCAACCGACCCAAUCUGUCUAUACAUUCAACUGUGCAAUUAUUCCAGCAGUA